AUCAAUUUUUUAAUCAAAUUUUAUUUGUGUUUGAGAUAGGAACCGAAGGAGACCGAAACAAAAAGCAUCAAUUUUCAUUUGGCAAACCUAAACACCAAAACACUAAUUUCAGAAAACUAUUCUGCUCGUCUUCUUCGUCAGUUUACUCUUCUCACUGAGUGAAACAAUUGAAGGGGAAAAACGGUGGUGAUGGCUGGUAACUCGCAAGAUUCAUCACCUCAGUCUUUCUGGGAAGGCUACAAAGAGUUUUGGGGGGAGAGGUUUUCGUUUAUGAGCAAUUAUUCCAACUUCAUCAAGCGUGAUAAACCUCUUACCUCAUGGUCUGACUCUGAUGUUGAGGAAUUCAUCGCUUCUGAUCCUCUUCAUGGACCUGUGCUGAAAACUGCUAGAGAAGCAGUGCAAUAUGGCCUCACAGGAAGUGCUUUGGGAGCAUUAUUCACUGCAGGUUUUGCCUGGAAAUAUUCGAGGAGUUUACAUGGUGCUGGUCUGUCCUUACUAGCUGGAGGUAUAUUUGGAUGGACAUUUGGGCAUGAAAUCGCAAACCAUUCACUUCAACUUUACAAGGUGGACACAUUAGCUUCUGAGGCUAAGUUUCUGGAGUGGUGGAAAAGGAAGACUGAAGGGUAUUGAAGUUGCUGGUAUCUGGAAGUUAAUGCUGCAUUUGUUACCGUUUCUGAAAAAUUAAUAAUGUUUUUGCUGUUGCCAGUGCAAUUUUAUUAGCUGAAUAAGUAAUACUUUGUUGUGACAUAAGUCGAAAUUUAUAACUAAUCAUGCGGAUUGCAAAUCAAACUGUGACUGCCAUUUUUUCUCCCGGUGGCAUGAUGGUCUGUAUUGUUCUAAAAAUAAUUUUGGAACCAAUAUAAAGUUCUGCUGUUAUUGAUGGACCUUA